AUGACUGAAAGGCCAGCCCAGGUAGAGCCUGCGACCGAGAAGCUGCAGUCAACAGAUGCGAAGGAACUAGGUUCAAUUGAAAGUAAGGAAGUCGACUCGUCGAGUGAGUCGAACUAUGACUUCGAGUCCGCCGAGUUCAAGAACAUCCCGGAAUUGGUCCGGACUGUUGUUGGCUUUGAGGACGACCCCUCGCUUCCUGUCAUAACAUUCCGCUCGAUUGUCCUGUCAGCGAUAUUCUGCGCAAUCGGGAGUGUUAUCUCACAAUUAUCCUACUUUCGUACAACCUAUGCGCCUUUCCCGGUAUUCUUUGUGAUCUUGGCAUCGGAUCCCCUUGGUCGCUUUCUCGCACGAGUUCUACCAAAUUACAAGGUCCCAUUGGGUAGAUAUUCAUUCUCUUUGAACCCAGGGCCAUGGUCAACGAAGGAGCAUGCAAUCGUUGGCCUUGCCGCCAAUGCUGGGAGUCAGGGUCAAUGGGCUACGUUUCUUCCGACGAACGCUGCUCUGUACUAUGAUCUUACGAUGAACCCGGCAGUCGCGUUAUUUUUUGGAUGGGGUGCAUCCUUGUUAGGAUUCGCUUUCGCUGCAAUGGUGCGCCCGCUCCUGAUCGAUGACCCCGAAUUCAUAUUUCCCCUGUCGUUGCAGCAGGUGGCUCUCUACAGAAGCAUGGACGGGAGGACCAAAGGCGACCAUCAAAGAGCUCGCGAUCAGAUGAAGAUGUUUUGGAUUGUAGUUCUGGGCACUUUCAUCUGGCAGUUCUUACCGGAAUUUCUCUUCCCAUUUGUGGCUUCACUGGCUCCGUUAUGCUGGUUCGCUAGCCGGAAUCACAAUGUCAACUUUAUCGGAGCUGGCCGUGGUGGCAUGGGCUUGCUCAACAUUACCCUCGAUUGGUCGAAUAUCACCUCGACAGUCAUCACAUAUCCAUAUAGCGUGCAGGUGAUUAUCUUCGUCACUUUUGUCAUGACUGUGAGUGGAUCUCAAAUCUUGGUCUGCAGACAGUUUUCUAACAUCCUCCAGUGUUGGAUUCUAAUUCCUAUUGCCUACUUCGGCAAGCUUUGGGGGUCACCCACUUACGAUAUCAUGUCAAACCAAGUAUUCCAGAAGAACGGGUCGGUUUACCCCCUGAAUGACCUGAUCUAUGUCGAUUCAAGCGGCAUGCAACAUGUGAACGGGACCAAAUAUGACGAAGUAGGCCUUGCUUACUCGGGGGCCCAGUAUACGUGGCAGAUCUUCAUGUGGGUGGCAUCGUACAUGUCAUCAUACGUAUGGUGCGCUCUAUUCUUUGGUCCUAAAAUCCACAAAAUGUGGAAAGCCAGAAAGCAAUCUGCAGCUUACCAUCAGGACAAACUGAGGGAGUGGACUGUGCUUAUUCUGGUCCCAUUCUUCAUGCUUCUCGGGAUAGUUGUCUCCAAGGCAAUUUACAUGCCUAUUUGGACAUAUUUCAUUGCGCUGGGCUUUGGCGCCGCGGCAAUGCUACCAAUGAGCUUUGUGUACGCUUUGUCGGGCUUUUCGGUCAAGGUCGGCUUCUUCAAUGAGCUUGUUUAUGGAUACAUGAUUGAUGCCAAGGGCUCUUCGCGACACCCUUUGGGUCAACUUGCCUACCGAAUCAUCUCUGGCAAUGUAUGGUAUGACGCGAGAAUCGUGUUAGAAGAUCAGAAGAUUGGACAUUACCUUCACCUACCUCCCCGCCAGGUUAUUGGCAUUCAAAUCCUUGCCAACCUCUUCGCCUUACCCAUCAACUACGGCGUCAUGCGCUGGGUCAUCGCCAGCAAAUUCGACUAUGUGAGCGGAAAAGUCAAAGACCCUCUGGGGCAGUGGACAGGUCAAGAAUUCAAAUCAUACAACACAGCCGGGAUUCAAUUCGCUCUCGUCGGUCCACGCAAGCUCUUCGCAUCAUCCUUCUUCAAACCCAUCCUUUGGGGCUUCCUUGCCGGCGCACUUGCACCCUGUGCGAUAUGGCUACUACACAAGAAAUUCCCCCGCGCACGAUUUGAUCUCUGGAAUACCACUAUCUUCUUUGCAUCGGCUGCAGUCUUCUAUGGAAACUUGAGUACCGGGCCUUUCACGACUUUCCUGGUCGGGACCUUCACCAACUUCUUUCUAUACCGGUAUCGAAGGGUGUUCUGGAACAAAUGGGCCUACAUCAGUGGAGCGGCGCUGGAUACUGGAUUCAAUGCUAAUCUGCUGUUCAUUUUCAUAUUCUUGGGGACAACGGGUGUCAAGAUGGUGCAUUGGUGGGGGAACAAUGCGGAUAGUAUUGAAAGGUGCUUUGCGCUGUAA